AUGGACGACGCCGAUCAGGACCUGGCUCUGCACUACACCUCCCCCGCAUCUUCGUGGUCUGAGGCCCUCCCUGUAGGCAACGGCCGGCUGGGGGCAAUGAUCUACGGGAGAACUACCACCGAGCUGCUCCAGAUCAACGAGGAUUCUGUUUGGUACGGCGGCCCGCAAGAUAGAACCCCCAGGGAUGCUCGCCGCAACCUUGGCAAGCUUCGAGAGCUCAUUAGAGCCGAGAAGCACCACGAGGCCGAGGCCCUCGUGAGGGAGGCCUUUUUCGCCACGCCAACUAGCAUGCGGCAUUAUGAACCAUUGGGAAACUGCACUCUUGAAUUUAACCAUAGAGAGGAGGAUGUCUGCGACUUUAGGCGACGUCUUGAUCUGAGCACUUCUCAGAACACCACUGAGUACACGUGCCGAGGCGUUUCUUACCGACGGGAUGUGAUUGCCAGUUUUCCAGAAAAUGUCUUGGCGAUUCGAUUCGAAGCUUCGGAAAAGACGCGCUUUAUCGUGCGAUUGACGCGAAGGAGCGAUGUCGAGUGGGAGACCAACGAGUUUCUCGACAGUAUUCGAGCUGAGGACGGUCGCAUUGUUCUUCACGCUACGCCGGGCGGAAGAAACAGCAAUCAAUUGGCUCUCGUUCUUGGAGUUUCUUGCGAUGCGAAUGAUGGGAACGUUGAAGCGAUCGGCAAUUGUUUGAUCGUCAACGCGACUCGUUGCGUGAUUGCCAUCGGCGCGCAGACGACAUACCGCGUCGACGACCCAGAAGCGUCAGCUCUCCACGAUGUCGACGAGGCUCUCAAGAGGCCUUGGACCGAAUUGAUCGAGCGCCAUCGACAAGAUUAUACCAAUCUUUUCGGCCGAAUGUCGCUUCGAAUGUGGCCAGACGCAAGCCAUCUUCCGACCGAUGAGAGAAUAAAGAACAACCGAGACUCUGGGCUGGUGGCAUUGUAUCACAAUUAUGGCCGCUAUCUCUUCAUCUCUUCGAGCCGAAACUCGCACAAGGCCUUGCCCGCGACACUUCAAGGGAUUUGGAACCCAUUCUUCGCGCCGCCCUGGGGAUCCAAGUACACCAUCAACAUCAACCUCCAGAUGAACUAUUGGCCAGCUGCACAGUGCAACCUGCUUGAAUGUGCAUACCCGGUCAUGGAUCUUCUAGAGAGAAUGGCUGAGCGAGGCAAGAAAACGGCUGAGACAAUGUACGGCUGUCGAGGCUGGUGCGCCCAUCACAACACAGACAUUUGGGGUGAUACAGAUCCCCAAGAUACAUGGAUGCCUGCCAGUCUUUGGCCGUUGGGAGGUGUCUGGGUCUGCAUUGAUGUCUUCAAUAUGUUGAAGUAUGAGUAUGACUCUGCUCUACAUAGCCGAGUCGCUCCAGUGCUUGAGGGUUGUGUCGAGUUUCUGCUCGACUUUCUCAUUCCAUCUGCGUGCGGCAAGUAUCUUGUUACCAACCCUUCACUUUCACCAGAGAACACCUUUUUGUCGGAGUCUGGCGAGCCUGGAAUUCUCUGUGAAGGAUCUGUCAUUGACAUGACGAUUGUUCGCAUCGCGUUCGAGAGCUUCCUUCUCAGUGCGGACAUUCUCAACCAAGAUCAUCCCCUCCGAAGCCAGGUUCAGAAAGCUCUUGACAAGCUACCGCCCCUAACUAUCAAUGACGACGGAUUGAUACAAGAAUGGGGUUUAAAGGACUACAAAGAACAUGAGCCCGGCCAUCGUCAUGUCUCUCAUCUCUUCGGCCUCUACCCUGGAGAAUACAUCGAUCCCAUCACGUCGCCCGAAAUGGCCACCGCCGCAAAGAAAGUGCUUGAACGGCGGGCCGCAAACGGAGGAGGUCACACUGGAUGGAGUAGAGCCUGGUUAUUGAACCUACAUGCUCGCCUUUUCGACGCCGAAGGUUGUGGACAGCAUAUGGAUCUGCUGUUGGGAGGUUCAACUCUACCCAACAUGCUGGACAACCACCCUCCUUUCCAGAUCGACGGUAACUUUGGGGGCUGCGCCGGCAUUUUAGAAUGUCUUGUACAAUCUCGAAUCAGGCCCGAGGGCGUGGUUGAGAUUCGCCUCUUCCCAGCCUGGCCGGCUGCAUGGUCAUCUGGCAAGGUGACAAAAGCAAGGUUGAAAGCAGGCUGGCUCGUGUCCGUGGCGUGGCGCGACGGGUCCUACCCAGAGACAUUGAUCCUGGAAGCCACAGAGCCUGAAACCCCUGACGCCCAUGUCAUCUUCCCUGACGGUGAGGGAGUCCUUGUCACCGGAGGAGACCCAGGACCCCGUCACGUUCAAUAG